AUGUUUGACUUCUGCAGAUGUUUCUUUAUCCUUCUUCUCUGUCACCUGACAAUUGGCUCUGUUUCUUACAAAGAGAAAGACUUCCUGGCCAAUCUCACCUUGAAGUACGACCCCAAGAUCCGCCCCGUCUUAGAUGGUUCCAAGUCGACAGUAGAAGACACAUCUUUAGAUCUUGAAACGUAUAAAGAAAACGGAGAAUUUCACCUUUUCAGUUCAUCAAUUGAACUGCAGGAAUUCAAGGUUUACAAUAACAGUCAAGAAUGGAUAAAAGUGACCUUGGUUCUGCAAAGACGACCUAUGUUCUACAUCCUCAACAACAUCCUGCCCGUUGUGUUCCUGUCCUUCCUUAACACCUUCGCCUCCCUGCUGCCCGAGGAGAGCGGAGAGAAGAUGUCCCUGUGUGUCUCCAUCCUGUUGUCAUAUGCAGUGUUUCUCACCCUCAUCAACUCCUACCUACCAGCAAACUCCGACCACCUGUGUUUCUUCAGUGUCUAUGUCACCCUGCUUGUGUUAAUCAGCACGCUCACGUGCCUUGUCACAAUCUUCAUUCUGGUAUUUCACUCUCAUCUUCAAAGGGACAUGGAUAGUCCAAGAUGGCUUCCAAUUGCUUGGGGAUCAGACAGCAAAGUUGGGACGACUGAACCACGGGUUAAGAAUGACGAUGUAGCUCCAUACCAAUCAGAUGUGAAAGACAAAGCAAACAAGAAGUUAGACAUGAAGGAUGCGACAAUCACCAAAUGUAACAAGGUGGCAUUUGGGACGUUCUUCACACUCACAAUUCUUGUUAAUCUGAUAUUUUUCAUCAGCGUAUCUCUAUGA